AUGUCUGAGGGAACCUCCCAUCGUUAUGCGGAUAUAAGAAAAAAAAUUUUAUAUCGGUAUAUUCCAUUAUUCUCCACAACAAAUUUACUCGGUUUCAGUACACAUGUUUUAGCACCUGCCACCUUUUCAAAAAUUAUUGGAAAAAAUGAUGUUGCCAUAGCAAAUACACUUUGGUUUGGCUCACAUCUUGGAGUUGGUUUAUAUUUGUUUGGUUCAAAACAUUUGGCAACAGCUCCAUCACCUUUUGAUCGUGUACUAUACAGUGUAUUUGGUUCUGUAAUCUUCAAUUUUGGCUCGGUAUUAUUAAUGUCUAUUAUCAGAUCAAUAUAUCCAAAUGAAGAAAAAUUACGUUUAUUAGUCGGAUUUUCUGCUGCUUCAACAUUUUUAAUUAUCGGAUACCGAUGGAUAAAUUAUAUUGAUGACAUAUUUGCCACAAUACGUUUUCGUUCAAAUACUAGGUCAUAA